CUUGGGUAAUUGGCGAUCACGGUAUACAACCUUCAUCCAUCACUCCCUCGAGACUUGACAUCUACACAUUAAAUGCACAUCGUCGAACUUCUGCGUGAGCAUUGAUCACUGAAAACAGGUGGAAGUGCAGUGCUCGAUGUUGACUAUAUGAUCAAUCCUUGUUCCAACUUGAGUGUACAAAGUCUGAAGAAGAAGAAGAUGCGUGGCAAGGACACAUUCUUAUACUUUGCUUUUGGGAGUAAUCUACUUACCCGACGCAUCCAUGUACAAAACCAAUCCGCCAAAGCCGUGGGAGUGGCCAUGCUCAAGGAUCAUGAGCUGGAUUUUCGGCUGCCCUCCAAACGAUGGCAUGGUUGUGCGGCCACCGUGAUUCCCUGCCCAGGAAAACGUGUUUGGGGCGUCCUUUGGGAGUUGAAAAAUGAGGACCUUCAGAGUUUGGAUGACCAAGAGGGGGUAUCGCUUAACAUCUAUCGCCGAUUAAGCGUGAAGGUUCAUUCCCAAGAUGGCUCUGAAGAGUUUCAUCCAUACACCUACCGAGUGCGUGAUGAGAUGAUGAUACCGAAAACAGCCGACUGUCGACCAAGUAAAGUGUACAAGAAUAUUAUGAUUGAAGGAGGCAAAGAAAAUGGACUUCCGAGCGACUACAUUCAAGAAUUGAUAGAUAUUGAAGACAAUGGCUACGACGGCCCCGUGGAAGUGAAACUAGCUCUCAAUCUUAAGAUGGAACAAAAUGAAAAUUCAAGCUCAUGAGAAAGAGUCAUGAACGUGGUAUAAAAUAUAACUUUUGUGUUUUUUGAUCGAAUUAAGAUAUGGCAAGAAAGUGAUCGGCAAAAUACCCACAAGCAAAUGCAAUCAAUAUUUCGUCGAAUUACAAUUUUUCAACGUUGCAAAACACAAACAA